AUGGUUAGAAAUGUUAAGAGUACUGAUGUUGGUGAUCUAAAAUUAGAGGCUAAAAAAAUUGAAGAGAAAUAUUUGAAAUACCAAUUAGCUACUAUUAAAGAUAAAUUUAAGCACCAAUUAGUUGUUACUAAUGAUAAAUUGAACAAAGAUAAUCAAUCAUGGUUAGAAGUUUUAGUAGAAGCUCAGCAAGAAGUUUUACAAG